AUGUUUUAAUUCAAAAUUUACCUUCAUUUCAAGCGAUUGCUCACUAGUUACCAUCAGUCUUUGAAAGUAGAAUAACAAGAGUCAGAAAUAUUUUAGAUAAGGUAGUGCAUACUGCUCAUGAAAAUUACCUCCACAUAUUCAAUCAAUAGGAUUUUAAAGAACAAUAAAUGA